AUGCGAGUCCACACACCGCAGACCGCGUGUGCAUCCUUACUAUCACUCCUCGUGCCAUCCUUCACAUCCGCUCUCGGCUUCGAUUGCUCGAAUAUCCGUGUUGAUAAUAUCGGUUUCGACCUGAGUCCGUUGGGUGGUGUACAUGAGAUCUCGCAUUUUGUUGAAUUCGAGGACCAUUCCGUCAACACCACCUAUGUCUUGAACAUUUGCAAUAUUCUCAAAGGCGCUUCGAGGCGCGGGAAUUUGAACUGUGGAACAUCGAAGAAUAGUUUGCUUUUCUCUCUUUUGCCUUUUCAUUACGGAGCACUUGCUAACGCUCUGGACACAAUAGAAGAGAAGGAUUUACCUAUUGCCGGACUGGACCCGCUCGGAGGCGGCAGCAAGGAUCCUGAGGUUACUCGUCUGAAAACACAGGACCCUUCAACCGAGGGUAUUCGAGUCAAACUAUCCGGAGGCCAAAUUAAGGAUGACGAUUCAAAGCGAUCAAAGCCAGCUUCAGCCGUCAUCGAGUUUCAGUGUGAUCCUGACCGCACAGGUCUGGAAGGUCUCAAGAAUGACGAUGAUAUCGAUGAACAAGAGACAAAGAACAAGAUGAGCCGCGAUGGCAAUGGCGAUGACGGCGACAGCGACAGCGAUCCCAAGGAGGACAAGACCCGAAGUCUCCAAUAUAAGAGCUUUGACCUGAUUGAUGACAAGUCCUAUGUCCUACGGCUCGAUUGGAAGACGAAAUAUGCGUGUGAGAAUUACAAGCGAGAGAACCCGGCAGAGUCCACUGGUAGCGGUCACUGGGGACUGUUCACUUGGUUGAUCAUCAUUAUCUUUCUUUCUGUCGCCGCCUAUCUCAUCUUCGGCUCCUGGCUAAACUACAACCGAUACGGUGCCCGCGGCUGGGAUCUUCUCCCGCACGCCGACACCAUCCGCGACUUUCCAUACAUUUUUCAGGACUGGAUACGUCGCGUCAUCAACACGCUUCAAGGACCCGGGGCAAGGGGAGGAUAUGCCGCUGUAUAA